AUGCGAAGUUGUAUUUUUUUAAGGAAUUUUGAUGAAUUGGCUAUCGACGAAAUCUCUUGUCUCGAAAAGGAAAUGUCACUGGCUUCCAUAGUUGCCAGUCUUAUAUCUCCUAGAUUGAAUAAUUCACAGAAGAAUUCCAGCAAACUUGGUGUUGUUGACAAUGGAACAACGUUUGUCGAAGUCAUGCUUGGAUCAAACAAUAAUAUGGCACCAGAAGCGCAUCAGAAAGAAAGCAGGCCAUCCUAUGUGCAUGCUAUGAUUGCUGGAGGCCUUGGUGGUACGACUGGCGAUUUUUUGAUGCAUUCUUUGGAUACAGUCAAAACGCGUCAACAAGGUGAUACGCAUACUCCGCCAAAGUACACUUCAAUGUCAUCUUCAUACUCUACUAUUUUGAGGCAGGAGGGCAUCAGAAGAGGCUUAUACGGGGGCUGGGUUCCAGCUCUUCUUGGAUCAUUUCCUGGAACUGUAAUCUUCUUUGGAACGUAUGAGUAUAGCAAAAGAAAUAUGAUUGAUGCCGGAAUUUCACCACAUAUUUCCUAUCUUAUGAGUGGUUUUCUCGCUGACUUGGCCGCUUCAAUUGUGUAUGUACCAUCAGAAGUUCUCAAAACUCGAUUACAGCUUCAAGGACGAUAUAAUAAUCCUUUUUUUAAUUCUGGAUACAACUAUAAAUCCACACUACACGCCGUAAAGACAAUUGUUCAUCAAGAAGGGCUAACAGCUCUAUUCUACGGCUACAAAGCCACUGUGUAUAGAGACUUACCCUUCUCAGCUUUGCAGUUCUUUUUCUAUGAACAGGGACAGUCUUGGGCAAAAAACUGGAAGAAAAGAAAGGAUAUUGGCCUCAAGUUAGAGCUUAUUACUGGUGCCGCAGCUGGAGGACUUGCCGGAGUAAUCACUUGUCCUUUAGAUGUUGUUAAGACUAGAACACAAACUCAGGUAAAUUUCAACGCAGAGGCUACAUAUAAGAGCACAUCUUCGCCAUUCCAGGAUCAAUCCACUGGUGUCGACAGCUCUUUGAAAAGACAGAUUCGUUCCACGCCAUCUCUUACUACCUAUGCUACCGGAUCCAGCACGGUAGAUUUUAAUUCCUCUUCCGUAGUAAACGGACUCAAGUUGAUCUAUAAGUCAGAAGGGCUUCCCGGCUGGUUUAGGGGGGUAGGGCCAAGAGUUGUCUGGACCAGUGUGCAAAGUGGCUGUAUGCUUUUCUUAUAUCAAAAAAUUCUUCGAGAAUUAGAGUUACACAAAUCAUAUUCAAGUCUGGAGUUAUCAAUUGGGUGA